UACAAGUCACUAAUGACAUAUUAAUAGUCAUAAAACAGUAUCUAAUGGUAAAUGAUAUGUUUUCUAUUGCAUUCUUCUCUGUUUGCUUUUCAUCAGACAAAGAGCCAGUUGCAGUGGCAUGGAGUUGUCCUCGACUGAGAGGCCUUCGUCCACAAACGUCACUACAACCCUGUGUCCCAUGGUCACCACUAACGUUUCCAAAAUCACCAGAGAACCCUACUUGAAUCGCCUGGCCCACCUUGAUGAAGGACUCUACAAUGACUUCUACAGUCUAUGGAUUGCACUGUUGGUCAUCAACAGCCUUAUCUUCGUGGUGGGAAUGGUCCUCAACACGCUUGCCCUUUAUGUCUUCUGUUUUCGGACCAAGCCCAAGACCACCUCCGUCAUCUACACCAUCAACCUGGCGAUCACUGACCUUCUGGUCAACCUGUCUUUGCCCACACGCAUCAUACUGUACUACAGUGGUGGAAAAUGCAUCAACUGCUCUUAUGUGCACAUCUUCAGUUACUUUGUCAAUAUGUACUGUAGCAUCCUCUUCCUCACCAGUAUCUGUGUGGACCGAUACCUGGCCAUCGUACAGGUGGAGGCCUCGCGGAAAUGGCGCAGCCCCAGCGUGGCGAAGGUGGUCUGCGUCUGCAUCUGGCUGUUCGCUGUGGUGGUCACCUACUCUUUCCUGACCUGCUGUCUGACGUGCCUCUUCGCCCUGACCGUGUUCGAGUUCUUCCUGCCACUGGUGAUCAUUGCGGUCUUCACAGUGCGGAUCGUGUGCGCGCUGGCCAGUCCUGGCCUGAUGCAGCAGAGUCGUGAGCGGAGGCGGCGGGCGGUGCAGCUGCUCACCAGCGUGCUCAUCAUCUUCACUCUCUGCUUCACCCCCUUCCACAUGCGGCAGGUGCUGCUCUACUUUAACCCUGAGAUGCCGCACCAUACCGUGGCGUACCACGUCACCGUAACCCUAAGCAGCCUCAACAGCUGUCUGGACCCUGUGGUGUACUGCUUUGUUACCAACAACUUCCAAUCCACCAUGAAGGGCUUCUUCCGCAAGGCAAAGGCUGAGCAGACCAGUGGGGACAUUGUCAGCAUGCAAAAGAGCUCCAAGGGAACAGUGACUGCCAUUGCUCACAGCAUGAUGCUGAUGAACUUGGCAACAGCCCAGGAAGAGCAGGUCCCUGCAUAAAGUUAUUAUUGUUUAUUAUACAUGUACAUUGGAGGAUUGAUCUAAUGUUGACAUGUACAUUUUGGAAGGUUCAAGACACCACAUUGAACAUGGAGGGAUUUUGGGGCUGUUUGCAGUAUAUAGGCCUAUGUUGUUAGUUCAUUGUUUUGAGAAAAAUAAUGAGUGCAUAAGUGCAACAACCCAGUGUUUGUGACCAUUUAAUCUAAUGUUUGCUUGAGACCAUACAGAGAACAACUAAUCAUUGAAUCUCCAUGAUGAUCUGGGUGUAUCUAUGUACACUUGACAUUUCCAAAUGUAAAGGCCCCAUAGUGAUGAUCCAAAAAUGAACAUCCAUGUGUGUUGGCACAGAGUGUUUGAUACAGGUAGGCUAACCAAAAUGGGGGACAGUGAAUUAUUCA